UGGUAAACUAGCUUGUAAUGUACAUACCCACAGAAAUUUUUGCCAUCCCCUGGAGACUUCAAUAGGAGAUCAUUAGUCUACUUUUGUAGAAUGAACUUGUAAUUCCAAAGCUUGCUUUUUCCUAUCUUUAUGGAAAAGCAUUCUAGGAAUUGAAGAUGUUCUUUUGGACAAGAAUAUAUAUAUAUAUAUAUAUAUAUAUAUGAUGUCAAAUAAUAGUUUCUGGCAAAUAAACAACAAACAUGAUCGUACCAAGACAAAUAGUGAGAAAGAUGAUUGGCAGCGGAAAAUAUACUAUUAAUUGUCUGAUGCUAAGGACAAUAGUAGCAAUAUUUGCCUUCUUGACAGCAACGGUUGUGGCAAAUAAGGUUCCUAAUCCUAAUUAUGCUGAUGCCUUAACAAAGAGUAUUCUCUUCUUUGAGGGACAACGGUCUGGUAAAUUACCUCCUAACCAGCGCAUGACUUGGAGAAAAGAUUCAGCUCUUCUUGAUGGAGCUGACAAGGGUGUGGAUUUGGUAGGUGGGUACUAUGAUGCUGGUGACAAUAUGAAGUUCCAUUUUCCAAUGGCUUUUACAACAACCAUGUUGGCUUGGAGCGUCGAGCAGUUCAAAAGUUCAAUGGGACCAGAUUUGCAACAUGCCAUGGAGGCUAUAAGGUGGUCCACGGAUUAUUUCUUGAAGGCCACAAACAUUCCCAAUGUGGUAUAUGCACAAGUAGGUGACGCGGAGGGCGAUCACAACUGCUGGGAAAGGCCUGAAGAUAUGGACACUCCUCGUACCGCUUUUGCAGUUACUGCACAAGCUCCUGGUUCUGAAGUUUCUGCUGAGAUCGCUGCUGCUCUAGCUGCGGCCUCCAUAGUUUUUAAGCCUACUGAUCCCACAUAUGCCAGAUCUCUUGUCAACAGAGCUGUCCAGGUUUUUGGAUUUGCGGAUAAAUACAGGGGAUCUUACAAUGACAGCAUAGGACCUUGGGUGUGCCCAUUCUAUUGUAAUUACAACGGAUAUAAUGAUGAAUUGCUUUGGGCUGCAGCCUGGCUCCUCAGAGCUACAAAAAAGCCUAUGUAUUGGAACUACGUUAAGCAAAAUAUCAUAAACUUCAAAUCAGACAUGGAAAGUGGCUUAUCAGAAUUUGGAUGGGAUGCCAAGCAUGCUGGAAUCAGUGUACUUAUCUCCAAGUUUGUUCUCGGUAAACCUUUAAAUGAAAAACCCUUCCUUCCAUACGCUGAUACAUUUGUCUGCAGUGUAUUGCCUGAAUCUCCCACCAAUACAGUCAGAUACACUGAAGGUGGACUUAUGUACAAAUCAGGAAUUUGUAAUAUGCAAAAUCCAACAGCACUGUCAUUUCUACUUCUUACCUAUGCGCGUUAUAUGAAGAGCAGGGUAAUUCGCUGUGGCAACAUUGAUAUAACUCAAAAGACGCUAAUUCGUUUUGCAAGAAGCCAGGUGAAUUAUAUUCUUGGGAAAAAUCCAAUGAACAUGUCAUACAUGGUUGGAUUUGGAACAAAAUUUCCUCAAAGCAUACACCAUAGAGGGGCUUCAUUACCAUCUAUUGAUCAACAUCCGGAGAAGAUAGGAUGUAAAGAAGGGACACAAUAUUUCCUCAGUGAAAAUCCAAAUCCCAACUUGCAUAUAGGGGCAGUGGUUGGAGGACCUGAUUUCAAAGAUUAUUUUGCUGAUUCUAGACCUAAUUCUGCCCAAUCAGAACCAGCUACAUAUGUAAAUGCACCACUUGUUGGCCUCUUGGCUUAUUUUAAAGCACAUCCCUAGUCCUGAAUAAUUGUGGAGAUUGUAACUCAAAUAUGUACAGAUUAUUGAAUUUUCUUUUCUCUCAUUUUGCCAAAAUUGUAGUACCCUAUUGGAACUUCAGGCAGAAUGAAAGGCCACAACAUAAAACGGCAGCUUGGUACACAAAACAUCCCAUGUUAGGAGACUCUAAGCUCGAGUGUGAUGUAGAGCCUACACGAAUGCAAACAUCACCGAGUGUUUCCAUGACUCGGACUCGUAAUCUAUAGGAUCACUUAAGAAUUACUGGUUGUGACUUAAUUGGCUGCAUGCAACUUCUUACUGGGCCCUGGAUCUCUCUGAAUGCUUUAAGCCCAAAAGCUGAAGAAAUAUAUAUUGUAGAAUUUAUCAGGUCCGUUUGCAUACUAAGUACUUUUUUUACUUGGACAAUUGUUAUAUUUGUCCCACUAGAUAUUCUAAUAUAUCUCAUUUAUUAUCAGAGGAGUACUAUUUUUUUUUGGA